AAGAGAGUUUUGUGAAAUAAUUUGAAGAAAUUUCGGCGCAGUUAUUGGCGGCUGAAAGUUUUGCGUCAUUUUACGUCAUUGAAGAAAAGUCGCUCUCGGCAACAAACUUGUGCGAUGUGUGAAUUAAUGUUUGUUUUGAUUCGAGUCAAUUAGCAAGACUCAUGUGUUGAUAGAAGAAACUGAGAAGAAAACAUCAAUCGCAUAUCGUCGACUCAGGAAUUCAUUGUUGAUUUAAUUGUGUUUCAUUAUCACUCUGCACCGACUAUUAAGUGUCAACUCGUCAACUAAGUACUAUGAAGGUUUAUUGGUGACAUCAUUGACGAAGAUUUGAAGAAGGAAAUUUUUUGUGUUUUAAAAAGAGAAAAAUAUUUUUAAGAGAAAUGCAAAAUGAAGAUCAUUUUUGUGAUGUCAUCAGUUCGAUACAAUAUUUGAACAUGUCGAAAUCUGACUCAGAAACGCAAGCGAACUAUGGAGACAGUGGCUUCAAUUCGGGUGCUGAAGUCAAUUCCGACAGCAUUUUCUUCUAUGAAGACAGUUGUCCAUCACUGAUGAGUUGCAUGAAUGAAGAAAUCAACAACAAAGACGAUUGUGAAGCUUCGCCUUCGUGUCCUAAUAACGAUCAGUCAAUGCUGCAACAAAAUUCUGAAAAUUAUCCACCUUCUGCACCACAAAUCAGCCGAAGUAAAAGUCAAAAGCAUUUAAAACAAAUCAAAGUGAGUGUUGGAAUUGAUGAAGAUCUUAAAAUGAUUCUGGAAAUGGAUCCAAGCUUAAUGGACGAAAGCAUCGAGAAAGCUGUCGAAGCAACUUCAAACGUCGUUGAUUGUCCCAAAGUUGCCGGACUCCCACCGAAAAUACCGACUUUUAAAACGUUAACACCGACAUCUCGGACUCAGUUGAAACAGCAACUUCAACGACAACAGUUGUUAGAGGAAGCAGAACGAAAAGAAGUUGAGAAGAAAACUUUACAGCAGCAACAUCAGGAAAACAAAGUAAAGGACGAAGAAUCGAAAGUUCCAUUGAAAAGCAUUGGUGUCGAUGUUCCUCCUCAAAUUUUACAAGUUCGAACAAAACUCUCAAACCCAACACGUUAUCACGUCAUUCAGAAACAGAAAAGUCAAGUGAAACAAUUUCUUAGUGAAUCCUUCAAAUCCACUGACUCGUUGCAUAACCUUCUGCCUUAUUCAACAACUCAAAACACUACAAUGCCACCCUCAACAUCGUCACAGUCACAACCAGCAACGACGUGCACUUCUCCAAUGCAGAAAAGCGACACAAACUUCAGAUUACUGCAUCACAUUAACAACCUGAUUGAUCGUUCAACUACAAGUCACAGUGCUAACGAUGCCAAUGGACAUCACUUUCAACAUAAUUCUGAUUACUCUUCAGCACCUUUAGGACCAACUUCCAAUAAUAGUUUACCGUUCCUGUUUCAACAAAGAUUCGGAAAUAUCAUAGCAAGUCCAUCUGAAAUCGCUGCAUCAGCGAUGUCUCCAACUUUAAGUUCUGUCGCGACAAGUGUCACCAGCACUUCAGAGAAGAAAAUUAAAAAUCACAUCAACUUAGCAAUAGACCUUAAAAGUGCCUUUAGUAAUUUGAAUGAAUUAAUAAUAUUAGAUAAGUGCAUCAUGAAAUCAAAAAUAAAUAAAAGUAGUCGACGGUUAAAGGCUGAAGAAUACAUAGACGAACUUCUCAACGGAGAUUCCUAUGCUGAUACUUUGAAGUAUGAUGCCAAUUCAAUGAACGAUAUCAAGAUCAAGGAAGAACCUCAAGUAUUCUCCGAGGCUGAAGCGAGAGAUCGUCAGAAGAAAGACAAUCACAAUAUGAACGUCGCUUUAAUAUCAACGAUCGAAUUAAGGAGCUUGGGACGUUACUUCCGAAGAACAACGAGACAUUCUAUGAGCUUGUACGUGAUGUCCGUCCCAACAAAGGUACGAUACUCAAAUCGUCGGUUGACUACAUCAAAACCGACUUUUAAAACGUUAACACCGACAUCUCGGACGCAGUUGAAACAGCAACUUCAACGACAACAGUUGUUAGAGGAAGCAGAACGAAAAGAAGUUGAAAAGAAAGCUUUACAGCAGCAACAUCAGGAAAACAAAGUAAAGGACGAAGAAUCGAAAGUUCCAUUGAAAAGCAUUGGUGUCGAUGUUCCUCCUCAAAUUUUACAAGUUCGAACAAAACUCUCAAACCCAACACGUUAUCACGUCAUUCAGAAACAGAAAAGUCAAGUGAAACAAUUUCUUAGUGAAUCCUUCAAAUCCACUGACUCGUUGCAUAACCUUCUGCCUUAUUCAACAACUCAAAACACUACAAUGCCACCCUCAACAUCGUCACAGUCACAACCAGCAACGACGUGCACUUCUCCAAUGCAGAAAAGUGACACAAACUUCAGAUUACUGCAUCACAUCAACAACCGGAUUGAUCGUUCAACUACAAGUCACAGUGCUAACGAUGCCAAUGGACAUCACUUUCAACAUAACUCUGAUUACUCUUCAGCACCUUUAGGACCAACUUCCAAUAAUAGUUUACCGUUCCUGUUUCAACAAAGAUUCGGAAAUAUCAUAGCAAGUCCAUCUGAAAUCGCUGCAUCAGCGAUGUCUCCAACUUUAAGUUCUGUCGCGACAAGUGUCACCAGCGUUUCGGAGGCUGAAGAAUACAUAGACGAACUUCUCAACGGAGAUUCCUAUGCUGAUACUUUGAAGUAUGAUGCCAAUUCAAUGAACGAUAUCAAGAUCAAGGAAGAACCUCAAGUAUUCUCCGAGGCUGAAGCGAGAGAUCGUCAGAAGAAAGACAAUCACAAUAUGAUCGAGAGAAGACGUCGCUUUAAUAUCAACGAUCGAAUUAAGGAGCUUGGGACGUUACUUCCGAAGAACAACGAGACAUUCUAUGAGCUUGUACGUGAUGUCCGUCCCAACAAAGGUACGAUACUCAAAUCGUCGGUUGACUACAUCAAAGUACUGAAGCACGAAAUCAACAGACUGAGAAAAGCAGAACUGAAACAGAACGAAAUGGAAGCUCAGAACAAGAGGCUUAUUAUGAGAAUUCAAGAGCUUGAGAUGCAAGCACAUAAAGAUGUUAUUCAGCAAUCCCAACAACAUGAAGGAAGUUGGCAAUCUUAUGGAUCAUCUGGAGCUUCAUCGUCACAACACCAAACUCAAUUUUCCACCGAUAUGAAUAAGAUUUUAAUUACGUUGGAAGAUGAGUAG